AUGGUUCAAGAGGUUGACCCGGAACAUCAGUCCUUGAAGGCAGACUCCUCCUCUGCUGCGCAGGUGCACUAUGUGUCUAUUCCUAUCAACAAAGACAGACGGUUUGGUGCUGGUGUUGGUGCAGGUAGCAGCAAUGACUACCCUGACUAUCUCGAUGGUUCUUCGGAAAUGCCAACACAGUAUCAAGGUAUUAGACGACGUACCUCUAUUUUAGAUCAACCGAUUGGGUCGUUCAGAGGUGUGAAUUCGUUGGGAAGGUUUGCUACGUCAUUCCAAAGAGCUAAUUCGUUCAAAGCAAUCGAAAUGAACGCUGAUCGAGAACGUUCUUAUAUCGGUGCUGAUGGAGAUGAGUGUUACGAUCCAGAUACUUUGGGGUUCUCUCAUCAUGGUAGGAAACUCUCAUUUGCUAUUACGGGGCCUGGGACUGUUUCCAUCAAGCCGUCAAUUGCAGACCUUUACGGAGCAAUGUCAAGAAGAAGUAGCAUCCAAGCUGGGACUCCAUAUGGGAAUUUUGAAAACCCUAUUGAUGAAUCGGAUGGGUUACAGAGUGUUUUUUCUCAUGAUUCGAUGGGUCCGCAUCAUUUAACUGAAUACAGCUUCGAUGAUUCGGGCAAUGCCGUUGGUCCAGAAGCAGAUGCAAUCAUUUUGAAACAAGUUGAGACGAAGGCUGGAAAAGUGAUCACUGUCAUCGCUGGUCAAUCGACCGCACCUCAGACAAUUUUCAACUCAAUCAACGUGCUAAUCGGUAUCGGACUAUUAGCAUUACCAUUGGGUCUUAGAUAUGCAGGAUGGGUAUUAGGUGUUCCAAUCUUAUUCAUUUUUGCAUUUGCUACUUUUUGUAGCGCUCAGUUAAUUUCAAGAUGUUUGGAUGCAGAUCCAUCCAUUUCGACUUACGGAGAUUUGGCAUAUGCAGCUUUUGGUCCAAAAGGUCGUGCAUUGAUCUCGUUCCUAUUUGCUAUGGAUUUAUUAGCAUGUGGUGUAGCCUUGAUCAUUUUGUUCGGUGAUUCAUUGAACGCGUUGUUCCCAGAAUAUUCGGUCAACUUCUUCAAAUUCGUCGCUUUUUUUGCAGUUACUCCUCCAAUAUUUUUGCCAUUAAGUGUUUUAUCAAAUAUCUCUUUGUUGGGUAUUAUCUCGACUAUUGGAACUGCAUUGUUAGUAGUUUUCUGUGGGUUGCUAAAACAAUAUUCACCAGGGUCAUUAUUGCAACCAGAAGCCACAUCGAUGUGGCCCAAUUCAUUCAAGGAGUUUUGUCUUUCCUUAGGGUUAUUGAGUGCAUGCUGGGGAGGUCACGCAGUCUUUCCCAACUUAAAGAGUGAUAUGAGGCAUCCGGAGAAGUUUACUCGUUGUUUGAAGACCACUUAUAGCAUCACCAUUGUUACUGAUAUCGGAAUUGCUGUCGUUGGAUUUUUAAUGUUCGGUAAUCUUGUUAUGAAUGAAGUGACAAGAAGUGUGUUAUUGACUCCAGGAUACCCGCCUUUUGUUUAUGGCCUAAUUUCAACUCUUCUUUCACUGAUUCCACUUGCCAAAACACCACUUAAUGCAAGACCGAUUGUCUCCAUCUUUGAUUCAAUGUUUAACGUAGUGCACAUCGAUGAAACUAAACCAGCAUCGAAGGUUUUUUUCGCAAAGGCAACCAGAAUAUUUAACAGAAUCAUGGUGAAUGUUAUGUUCGUGAUUAUUGCUAUUUUAUUCCCUGAAUUUGACAAAAUAAUUGCAUUCUUGGGUGCUGCACUUUGUUUCAUGAUUUGUUUCAUUCUGCCAUGUUUGUUCUACAAAAGAAUUUGCUACAAAACCAUUAAAUCUUGGGAAUUGAUAGCGUGUAAUAUUACGAUAUUAAUUAGUGCAGUAUUAUCCACUCUUGGAGUAUACGCCUCCUUCACCUCAUGA